GCUGCACUCUGGCACUUUGACAUCCAACAUUGUGUCUACAUACCCAAAAGUGAUCGUGAAAAUAUCCAAAUUCAUACAUCUCAAGACAAUCUGAUCUAGCCCACCAAGACAAACAACAUGAGCGGGAUCACAGAUAAUGCGGCGACCCAAGCCCACGAUCUCGUGGAGCAAGCCGAAAUCGAAGAGCAAAAGGUUCAAGGAGAUGAUGCUAUGAUUGGUGGGGUCAAGACAACUGGUCUUGAGGGCAGUGCUCCUGACGGCGGGAAGCAGACAGGAGGAGGGCAGAAGUCGACAUUGGACAAGGUCAAGGAAACCCUCCAUCUCAAAAAGUAGCUGAUUUAUCAGAGCCUAAAAAAAGACCAAGAAGAAAAGAAAAGAAGAAAACCAAGAAAAAAAGGGUACUCGGUACCUGCUUAGGUACCUGUGCGUGAGCACAUGAGUAGCUCAGGCAUUGGAGUUUUGCGCCUUCUGAUUGUUCGUACUGGCUUCUUAAAUGAGUAUAAACAGUUUUAACAUGAAUGUAGUGAUGGUAGCAUACCAAGCCGUCUUGAAAUCAAGUACAGUUCCACCAGAUAGAUACUGAUGAUGUAUAUUUUGGGUAGCCCCC